AUGUCUUUACAAAUCCCUCACAGAGAAAGACCAGGUAGUGCUGCUCAAGCAGCCACAAAGGCCGUUAUUCUGGUUGGUGGACCAUCCAGAGGAACCCGCUUUAGGCCAUUGUCCUUGGAUCUGCCAAAGCCCCUCUUCGAAGUUGCUGGCCAUCCCAUCGUUUGGCACUGUCUCACCGCCAUCGCAAAGGUCCCCUCUAUUCAAGAAGUAUGCAUGAUCGGGUACUACGAUGAAUCGGUUUUCCGUGAUUUCAUUAAGGAUGCCGCACAUGAAUUCCCUCAAAUUAAGAUCGUUUACCUUAGGGAAUACCAAGCUUUGGGAACUGCUGGAGGUUUAUAUCAUUUCAGAGAUGCCAUCCUUAAAGGGCGACCAGAACGUUUCUUCGUCCUUAACGCAGAUGUGUGCUGUUCAUUCCCAUUGAAUGACAUGCUUAAGUUAUUUGAGGACAAAGAUGCUGAAGCUGUUAUUCUUGGUACUCGUGUCAGUGAGGAUGCUGCUAGCAACUUUGGUUGCAUCGUUUCUGAUUCACACACUCGCCGAGUUCUACAUUACGUUGAAAAGCCCGAGUCGCACAUCUCGAACUUGAUUAACUGUGGUGUCUAUCUCUUUGCAACCGAAUGCAUCUUCCCUUCCAUCAGAACUGCCAUCAAGCGCCGUACCGACCGCCCACGUCUCGUUUCUUAUCCAUCCUCCGAGAACCUCGAUUCCUCAUUUUUCCAAGAUGAAGAAGAUGUACAAAAAAAUGAAGUUCUCAGAUUAGAACAAGAUAUUUUGAGCGACCUUGCAGACAGCAAACAAUUCUUCGUUCAUGAGACUAAGGAUUUUUGGAGACAAAUUAAAACCGCUGGCUCAGCUAUCCCAGCUAACGCAUUAUACCUCCAAAAGGCAGCACAAACUGGAUCCAAGGAAUUGGCGAAACCAUCCGCUAAUAUCCUCGGACCUGUAUUCAUCCAUCCAACUGCACAUGUCGACCCAACCGCUAAACUUGGACCUAACGUUUCAAUCGGUCCACGUGCUGUCAUUGGGGCUGGUGCUAGAGUAAAGGAGUCCAUUGUUUUGGAGGAUGCUGAAAUUAAGCAUGAUGCUUGUGUCCUCUAUUCUAUCAUUGGAUGGAACAGCAGAGUUGGUGCUUGGGCUCGUGUUGAGGGAACACCUACACCAGCCAACAGCCAUACCACAAGUAUUAUCAAGAACGGGAUUAAGGUUCAAAGUAUUACUAUUUUGGGUAAGGAGUGUGGUGUUGGUGAUGAAGUUCGUGUACAGAACUGUGUCUGUUUACCAUUUAAAGAGUUGAAGAGGGAUGUGACCAAUGAAGUCAUCAUGUAA